AUGGAGUGGCUCUUUGGGUCGUCGUCGUCUGCAGCUCCGCCCGUGAGUGCGAAGCUGUCCGCGUCGACGGCGCAGGGCCGCAGCGCGCCGUCGCUGGAGGACGAUUCGUGGCACAAGAACCGCGGCAACGAGUUCUUCAGGCUGAAAGACUACGAGGCGGCCGUUCGCGAGUACUCGCUGGGCAUCGAGCGGCGUCCGUCGGCCACGCUGCACAGCAACCGGUCGGCCGCUUACUGCGGUCUGGGGCAGUUCCAACAGGCCAAAGCAGACGCGGACGCCGCCAUCGCACUGGACCCGGACUGGGCCAAGACGUACUCGAGGAAGGGCAAGGCGCUGUAUGGCAUGGCCUCGUACAAGAAGGCGGCAGACGCCUACGCCCGGGGACUGGAGCUCUGUCUGCGCGGGGCGGUGGGGGAGGCCCAGCAGCGAGACACAGAGCUAGAAGCGCUGAAGCGCCAAACCGACAGCCAAGCGGAGGCGUAUCUCCGCCUCUUGGAAGAGAACAACCAGCUCAAGCGGCAGCUGGAGGACUAUCAGCACAUGUUUGGCGAGUGGACGAAGAAGGAAAUGUGA